AGCAAGUAUCUACGGAUAGCAGAACUGGACAGAACAUCGGGCUGAGCGCGGCUCUGCAGAAAUGCGGUGUCCGAGCUGGAGUGGGUGAUGAGCGGCGUCUGAUCGGGGCAGAGCGGGGUAAAGAUGAGGAGCAGGAGUAACUCCGGGGUGCGGCUGGACGCGUUCGCCCGCCUGGUGCAGGAGACGAUCCUCUGCCAUCAGAAUCCUGUGACUGGUCUGCUCCCCGCUAGUGAACAGCAGAAGGAUGCCUGGGUCAGGGAUAAUGUCUACAGCAUCCUGGCAGUGUGGGGUCUGGGAAUGGCGUAUCGUAAGAAUGCAGACCGUGACGAGGACAAGGCCAAGGCCUAUGAGCUCGAGCAGAGUGUGGUGAAGCUGAUGCAGGGACUGCUGCAGUGUAUGAUGAGACAGGUGGCAAAAGUGGAGAAGUUCAAGCACACACAGAGCACCAAGGACUGCCUGCAUGCCAAGUACCACACGCCCACCUGUGCCACGGUGGUAGGAGAUGAUCAGUGGGGUCACCUGCAGGUGGACGCUACCUCACUGUACCUGCUGGUGCUGGCGCAGAUGACUGCAUCAGGACUGCGCAUCAUAUCUAACCUGGAUGAAGUGGCGUUUAUUCAGAACCUGGUGUUCUAUAUUGAAGCAGCGUAUAAAGUCGCAGAUUACGGCAUGUGGGAGAGAGGAGACAAGACUAACCAAGGAAUUCCGGAGCUGAACGGGAGCUCAGUUGGGAUGGCAAAGGCUGCGUUGGAGGCCAUUGAUGAGCUUGAUCUGUUUGGAGCACAUGGGGGACCAAAGUCAGUGAUUCAUGUUCUACCAGAUGAAGUGGAGCACUGCCAGUCUAUCUUGUGCUCAAUGCUGCCCCGAGCGUCUACGUCUAAAGAGAUUGAUGCCGGUCUGCUUUCGGUCAUCUCCUUCCCUGCUUUUGCUGUAGAAGAUGCUGAUCUGGUCAAUAUCACCAAAAGUGAGAUCAUCUCUAAGCUGCAGGGUCGUUAUGGAUGCUGUCGGUUUAUCAGAGAUGGUUACAGAACUCCAAAAGAGGACCCCACACGGCUUCAUUAUGAUCCAGCAGAACUGAAACUCUUUGAGAAUAUUGAAUGUGAAUGGCCGGUGUUUUGGACCUACCUCAUACUGGACGGCAUUUUCAAUGGAGAUCAUGUACAGGUGCAGGAAUACAGGGAGGCUCUGGAGGGCAUCUUGAUCCGGGGCAAGCAUGGCAUCAAACUGGUACCUGAACUGUAUGCUGUACCAGCUGACAAGGUUGAAGAUGAGUAUCGGAACCCCCACAGUGUGGACCGCAUGGCUGCAGGCCAGCUCCCCCACAUGUGGGGCCAGUCCCUCUACAUUGUGGGCAGCCUGCUAGCUGAGGGUUUUCUGGCUCCUGGAGAGAUAGACCCUCUGAACAGAAGAUUCUCCACAGGAUUCAAACCAGAUGUUGUAGUUCAGGUGAGUGUUGUGGCGGAGUCAAAAGAGAUCCGGGAUCUUCUGAGGGAUUAUGGGAUUGAUGUGCAGACUGUAUCAGAAGUCCUCCCCAUCCGGGUCAUGCCAGCUCGCAUCCUGAGCCACAUCUACGUCAAGCUGGGACACUGUAAGAAGCUGAAUUUGACUGGGCGCCCAUACCGGCACAUUGGUGUUCUGGGGACCUCUAAGUUCUAUGAGAUUAGAAAUCGAACCUACACUUUUACGCCACAGUUUAUUGAUCAGCAUCAUUUCUACCUGGCUCUGGAUAAUCAGAUGAUUGUGGAGAUGCUGAGGACUGAACUGGCGUACCUCUCCUCCUGUUGGCGGAUGACUGGGAGACCAACACUUACAUUCCCCAUCACACAGAACAUGCUGGUGGAUGAUGGAGAAAACAUUGACCCCUGCAUCCUGUCUACCUUGCGAAAGCUACAAGAUGGCUAUUUUGGUGGAGCAAGAGUGCAGAUGGCAAACCUGUCUACAUUCCUCACCACCUCCUUUCACACUAAGCUCAGCUUCAUGGAUGCUGACUCUGAUGAGAACUUUUUAGAUGAAGAUGACGAUGAAGAGGAAGACAAUGAGGAUACAGAGCAUACUUUUACCCCAUGUGAUGUGCUCGACUCGAAGGAUGUGCUUGAUCAGUACCUCACUCAGCUCCUGCAGAGCACAGCCACGAAGUCCCAUCUCCCUCCCAUCCAGAGGGGGCAGCACCACGUCUUCAGUGCUGAACACACCACCAGGGACAUCCUGACUCUCAUGGCUCAGGUUCAAGGACUCAACAUGCCUAAGCCAUCCAUGUAUUUACCUGUGACUCCAAUCAUGAACAAACACAGGAAAUCUCUGAACCUGCUGGAGGUCCCGCACCCUCAGAACCACCCUCCUCACCCACAGAAGACUUCGAGUGUUGACCUGCACUUACCCCGCGAUGCUCAAGGCAACACCGACUUCGCUGCUCUGGUCAGUCACCUGAAGGAAUGCCCAACGUUACAGGACCAGGCCGACAUCCUCUACAUCCUCUAUGCUAUGAAGGGUGCAGACUGGAUGGUUAAUAUAUCCGGGCAGUGUGGAGCUACAGUGCGCUCUCUGCUGGAGGAGCUCUAUAUUAAAGCUGGGGCGAGUAAAGAGUGGGGGCUCAUUCGCUAUAUCUCAGGCAUUCUGAAGAAGAGAGUGGAGGUCUUGGCUGAGGCCUGCACUGAUCUGAUAUCCCAUCAUAAGCAGCUGACUGUGGGUCUUCCUCCAGAACCCAGGGAGAAAGUCAUCACAGCUCCUCUUCCACCUGAAGAACUGAAUAAAUUGAUCUUUGAAGCCAGUGGCCAGGAUAUAAGCAUUGCAGUGCUCACACAGGAGAUCAUGGUGUAUCUGGCCAUGUAUGUGCGUUCUCAGCCGUCACUGUUUGGAGACAUGCUGCGUCUGCGGAUCGGUCUCAUCAUGCAGGUGAUGGCUACUGAGCUGGCCCGGAGUCUUCACUGCUCAGGUGAGGAGGCGUCAGAGGGGCUGAUGAACCUCAGUCCAUCUGAUAUGAAGAAUCUGCUGCAUCACAUCCUGAGUGGGAAAGAGUUUGGAGUGGAGAGGAGCAUGCGUCCUCUUGAGUCUUCCACCACCAGCCCAGCUAUCUCCAUCCAUGAACUGGGACACACAGGUGCUACUAAAACAGAGCGCACAGGUAUCCGGAAGCUGAAGAGUGAAAUCAAACAGCUUGACGACUCCAGGCCGAUAAGCAUCGCUAGUGGCAGUCAUUCCAUCAACAGCAAUGUCACAUCCCCCCGCUCCACGAGGUGCAGCAGUCCUUCCACCCCCAGUGGGAUCCUGUCUCCCACAGGUACAGGUGACUCGCGGCUGCAGUGGGAGGAGAGGCAGGGUCAGUGGUUGAGGAGACGUCGUCUGGAUGGAGCCAUCAACAGAGUGCCCAUGGGCUUCUACCAGAAGGUGUGGAAGAUCCUGCAGAAGUGCCACGGCCUCUCCAUCGCAGGAUAUGUACUGCCCUCCUCCACCACACGAGAGAUGACAGAAGGGGAGAUUAAGUUUGCUGUACACGUGGAGUCUGUGCUCAACCAUGUUCCUCAGCCCGAGUACAGACAGCUGCUGGUGGAGGCCGUCAUGGUGCUGACCCUAGUGGCCGAUAUGGAGAUUCCCAGCAUUGGAGGAAUCAUUCACAUUGACCGUGUGGUUCAUAUGGCAAAUGAUCUCUUCUUUCAGGACCAGAAAUCCAGUGGGGCCAAUGAGUUUUUCCUGGAGAAGGACCCGGCCACUGGUAUCUGCAACUUCUUCUACGACAGCGCUCCCAGCGGCAGCUACGGCACCAUGACCUACCUGUCCAAAGCUGUGGUCACCUACGUCCAGGACUUCCUCCCCAGCACCAGCUGCCUGAUGCAGUGAAGAGAACAGCGCAUCACUUUAACUUUAACACAGAGCGUUACAUUACCACUGCCUAGCUUCAUACAGAGAGACAGUGUUACACUACACUAACCGGACAAUCAGCUGUAUCAGCAGUAAGAUCAAUAAUCCUGUGAGAUCCAGUGGAUCUCUGGAACUGGACCACUGUGAUAUUAAUAACUCAUUAUACAAAAUUAGCAUGUUGAAUUCUAUUCUAUAUAUUUUAGUUGAUCUAUUGGAAUUAUUUAUUGUUGUUUUAAUAUUUAAUCUUUAAAGUAACCAUAAUAUUUUAUCACUGGAGAUCAUAUGGAGAUUGUUUAGCUAUGAACAAUAACAAAGAGAAUAUGAUAAGCAUAGUAUAUGAACAAACAAAACAUCUCAUAACAUUUCCAUAACACAAACUACCUUUAUGUGCUUAUUAUGAAUGUAGAUAAUGGUAAUUUCUGUUUUAUUGUAUUCUGUAAAUGUUACACUGAAUAAGAUUGCUGUGUAUUAACCCUGAGCCUGCUACUGUUCAAAGUAAUAUUCCGAUGCAAAUAUAGAAAUAAUGUGUGUUUCAGAUCAAAAGAUGAUCAAAAGAUGAUCAAAGGACGAGAAUCGAUCAAAUAAAUCAGAAUUUCAUAUUUAUUUCCUGAUUAAUCCAAUAACAAUCUCUACCAAAAAGGGAAAGAAGGAAAUGUGGAGAUAAAAAAGGAUUA